ACCAUGCUUUACCCCGUAUGGUUGUCACGGUUCCGUAUUGGGGGUUGGAUAUGGAGCCGACGUGCCAGGGCUGAUUCCUUCGGGCUGACUUUUAUCUAUACGACGUGUAGCUAUAUAGCUUACGUUUCCCCUCAUCGUCAUUAUCCCCUCGUUUUUUUUUUGCUGCUGUCGCUGUUUCUCAUUUGGUAUAAACAAUUUUACAGAUUCCAAGCGCUUCCGAGCUUCAUGGGGCCUGUGGUGAGCUACUCCGUAUAGAGUGGGACACGAAGAAUGAAGCUGGACGGAGCGCCCUCUAUGAGGCGCUAUGGAGUAUCCAGAUUCUAUACGCGGCAUCGACUGGCGGUUUUGUUGGUGACGCUCUUAUGCUUAGGUCUCAUUGCGAAGCUACGCCAGCCAGCACGGCCACGAAACUGCCAAGGAGGAAUCCCUCUGCCGCAAAUACUGGCGCAACAGCGAAAGAGUGGUGCCACAGCAAACUUUGCGGCCACGACCGCAGGAUGGAGGCCCGGCGCACGAUGCGCCAAUUACCCUCAGGAUGCGAGCUUGGUGAUUGUGGUGAAGACGGGGGCGACAGAGGCCUUCUCGAAGCUGCCGACGUUGCUACUCACCUACCUCUCCUGCGUGCCACCCGAGAACGUCCUCUUCUUCAGCGACAUGGCGGGGACGAUUGGCAACUUCGCCAUACACGAUUCUCUCGAUACAGCGACGGCGGACGCCACAAAGGACAACCCCGACUUCGACCUAUACAAUAACCAGAAGGAAUUGCGCCAGCUAGGCCAGAAUAUGGACUCGCUGCGCAAUGAGUGGAAGAGCGAGGCGGCGUGGCGGCUGGACAAAUAUAAGAAUCUAUACACGGCACAGAAAGCGUGGGAUCUGGCGCCGGAUCGCAAUUGGUAUCUUUAUAUCGACGCGGAUACAUAUAUCAGCUGGACGAACUUGUUUCUGUGGCUUGCGACCCUUGAUGCGACUAAGCCGCUCUACUUGGGCAGCCAGGUCGAUGUUGGGAGGCCGCCAUUCGCGCACGGCGGUAGUGGAUACUUGCUCAGCAAGCCUGCGAUGCAGCUGCUUGUGGGAGACGACCGCAAGUCCUUAGCCAAGGAGUUUGAUAAGAACGCCACGACGGCGUGUUGCGGCGAUCAAGAGUUGGGCAGAACUCUGUUUAAGAAAGGCCUAAAGGUGCAGAACGUGCGGCCGGUGAUAAACGGAAAGAACCCCAGGGAGUUUAACUUUGGGCCCGAGCUGUGGUGCACGCCGGUUGCGACGAUGCAUCAUGUGGGAAGUGAAGAGGUCCAGGACAUGUGGGACUUUGAGAACCAGAGGAACUCGACCAAAGAACCCCUACUAAUGGAAGAACUCUACUAUACCAUGAUUGCCUCCCUCAUGACCACCCCUCGUCGCGAUGACUGGGACAACCAAUCCCCCUUCGACCAGCUCCGUCCCGACCCCAUCCUCACCCCCAACCACGUCGGCGACUUCGACUUCUUCCACCACGACCCCACCAAGUCGUACAACCACUGCCGCAAGGCCUGCCAGAAGGACAAAGACUGCUUCCAGUUCGUGUACUCUAAAGACUCGUGUAAGUUCGAUACGGCGUUCACGCUGGGGAAACCGCGGUAUCCGAAGAAGGCGGAGGAUGGGGGAGAGGAGAUCAGGUUCCAGUCGGGGUGGUUGGUGGAGAGGAUUCAGAAGUGGAUUGCUCAGAACUCGCCGUGCCCCGGGCCGAACUGGGAGAAGGACCAUUAAGGGGACGCUCGUUUUGGGGGAGUUUUGGUUUGGUUUGGAUUUGGAGUGUAUUGGGUGCGGUACGGUGUUUCGGGGAAGGGGUAUUGUUACCAUUUACAUGCCAUUUAAAGCCGAGGUAAGGGGCUGGCUGGAGCGAUAUUUUGAUCACUUUUGGCCGGGGGGUAGUGCCAGUGUAUUAUUGUUACAAUGAGGUAUCUGUGGAACUUUGGUUGGGAGAGGGAAAAAUACUAUUAAUAUAGAAUAUAAUAUAAUAUCAUUGUAACAACUACCAGCUUGGUAUGGCGUUGAUAGAGAC